AUGAUCCAGAGCAUCAACCAAAGCUCUGACGAAAAGGAAAGAGAAACCUUUAGGCUUGAUGGAUUUAGCGAUACUUUUGAUAUUAACUCGAGUAGAUAUCUUGAGGCUAAAGCUUGUGUCUUAGAUGGCGUUACUCGACUGAAGAAUCUAAGCAGAGAUACUGUCGAUACUAACUGUGCUUUUGUUUCCCGGAACCUCCGCAACUUGUAUAACACUGCUGCUUUGCACCGUGAUGAGCUGAGUCAGGCAGAGAAAUUGAGGUCAAAGGAACCAAAAUUCCAAACACGCUCAAGUCAGCAGAUUCGCACUAUUCAACUGGAGUAUACUGAGGCAAAAAAGAGUUUUCAGCUAGCUGAUUGGAGAGCUCCUACUGCAGCUCGGGACUUUCGAAUUCAUUGUAAAAAGUGGGUUGUCCUAGUUCGUUUACUGUUGGGAGAAAUACCUGAGAGGACAAUCUUUACUCAGAGUGGAAUGCAGGGGGCUUUGACGCCAUACUUCGAGCUUACAAAUGUAAACAGGACAAACAAUGUGAUUGUUCGACUGCGACCUAGCGUCAUCAGGAUUGGACUGCGCAGCAUCAGCAUCUCCUAUUCCCGCAUCUCACUUGCAGAUGUUGCUAAUAAAUUGAAGAUGCAUUCCACAAACCUCGUUGCAGAUGUCGAAAGCGUUGUAGCAAAGGCCAUCCGAGAUGGAGUAAUUAACGCUAAAAUCGAUCAUGCAAAUGGGUGGAUAGUAUUGGAGGAGACUGGAGACAUUUACUCUACAGCCCAGCCACAGGCUGCCUUCAGCUCUAGGAUUGCUUUCUGUCUUAAGUUGCACAAUAAGGCUGCCCAGGCCUUGCGCUUCCCAUUAGACAAGUAUAGUCCUGAUGAGUGGAAAUCGGCUGAACAAAUACUUAAGGAGCAUAACAUCCCCUUUUAG